CCAAGCCACGCCAAGCCACGCCACGCCGCGAGAGGCUCGAGUGACUGGAGACGUUCCACGGCGCUGCCUGCAGGUUCCAGGAUGGCGUCCGGCGACGAGUCCGGCGACGUCCGCAUGGAGGGCCCCAUCCCGGAGGAGCGCUUCGACGACGUGAUCGCGCACCUCCGCUGCAGCUUCUUCGCGGACGAGCCGCUGAACCGGUCCGUGCGCCUGUGCGAGCGCGGCCAGCCGCACCGCGAGCUGGAGGAGCACGCCCGGCAGACGCUGCGCGACAACCUGUCCGAGAUGGCGCUGGACGCCGCCACCAACCAGGUCGUGGGGGUGGCGCUCAACGGCGUGCUCUGGCCCGGCGACCUGGACCAGGCGCAGGCCAAGCUGUCUGACAUGGACGACGCCAAGUUCCGGCGGAUCUUCGGGCUGCUGUACAGCGUCAACAGGCGGCUGGACCUGUUCGCCGCCUUCAACGUGGACCGCAUCUUCGAGUGCCGCAUCCUGUCCGUGGACCACCGCUACCGGGGCCGCGGCCUGGCGAGGACGCUGCUGGCGCGCUCCCUGCAGGCGGCCAAAGACGCGGGCUUCCAGCUUGUCAAGGAAGACGCGACGGGCUUGUUCUCCCAGCGCGCCGCGGAAAGCAUGGGCUUCCAGACUCUCCACGAGAUGCCGUACGAGGAGUACAAGAACGAGGACGGUGGCAUCGCCUUCCCCACAGAGGACCCACACAAGACUCUCAAAAUCAUGGUCAAGCAGCUGCACUGAGUGCACUGAGCUGCGCCACUGCAUAUCACGACCCUCGGCCUUCUUCAUCGAUGGGGGAAUAUCUUUCUGAAUGAGGUUUCGAUUCAACCUCCCAUUUUCUACACAAUAAAACUAAAACCGAAAGUGAGCGGCUUUGUUAGUUUAACAGUGACAUCUAACUAGACUCUUCCUUUCCUUUUCGCGUUCGGAGUUAAAGAGGUUUCUUUUGAAAUGUAAGACACUGUAAACCUUUGACAUAUUAUUUUUAAAGUUUCUAGACGAUUGUUUUUGUAGGCCCCGAAUGUAAUAUUAGGAGCAAUUUAUUCUUGAUAGAUCUAGUGACUGUGAAUAAGGAAAUGAAUAAAUAAAAUUGCCUUCCAUUCAGUUCUGGGAUUGGGACCAUUCAAUAUGGGGGAUAGUACUAUAUGGUUUGAAAAUUGUCUACUCAGAAGUCAACGUUUCGCCCGUACCUUUCUGGCACUGAAAUUGCUUAUUUGCUGUUGGCUGGCAGUGUGGGCUAUGUUAAUACAUACUGGAAUUCUGAAAAACAAAAAGGAAAAAAUAUCUAAAAGUUA